AUGGCGCUCGAGUACGGGCCGCAGUGGGCCUAUAUCCUCCAAGAAGGCCGCGCAUGCGGACGUCUGCUGCCCUGUCGCACGACAAACAAGCUACGGCACAAGUUUAGUCGGCUUGCGCGCAAGGGGGUUCGCAUGUCGGCGGCCGCCAAGCGCCGCGCGAAGGAGACGCCCGAGAUUCCCCGCAAGCACAAACCGUACACGCCCGCCGAGCUCGAGUAUCUGCACAUGGCGUACCAAGAACUCGGCCACAGCUUUGCUGCGAUCUUGGACAUUGGGCAAGCCAUGGGGCUUCUAAAGGGCCGGACGCGCCCUGACAUUACGGUCAAGAUCCACAGUACGAUCAAGAAAUUUGCGCGCUGGGACACGGCGCUCUUGGGCAAACACGCGCCCCGAUCAUUGCGCGUUGACGUGCCCGUUCGGUUCGGCACGCUUCCGCCGAUGCUGUGCAACAUGCGGCUCAAAAUGAAGGUGUACAAGCUCAAGCGGUUCAUCCACGCCGAGUACAACCUCGAGAUGCCACUCUCGUACUUGUAUGUGACGCUCGACGGCGACGACGACGCGCUGGUGCUGGACGACACCAUGACGAUCGACGAGUGCGUUGGUCCCAACGACAUUGAGAACAUCUGCUUUCGCGUCGCGAUGACCCCGGGUGCCGUAUGA